AUGGCCCAGGCGCAGCAGCCGCAGGGCCUCCACUCGCUCAGCACGAUCCUGAAACGUCUUGAAGCCGUUACGUCCCGCCUCGAGGACGUGGCCAUCUCGCAGCAGUCGGCCGCCGUUAGCGCGUCCCUCCGUACUCCUACUGGCGGCACUCACGACGGUCUCGCCGGCGUCAUCGCCCCUGCCGGUGCUGGUGCUGCUGCCGGCGCAGCUGCGGCUGCAGCGACGGACGCAUCCAAGUCCGGUGGUGCUCCCCCUCCUCCUCCCCCUCCUCCGCCUCCCCCUCCCCCCGUUGUCGAGGAGGAGACUUUGACGCCCGCGGUUCAAGCCUACACCACUGACAUUGUCGAUGGCGCGCUCGCCGAGUUUACUGCGGCGGCCCAAAAGGUCGGCGGUCCUGUCGAGGAGCACUCCAAGCUCGUUCCCAAGCUCGUCGACGCUCAGUAUGCCUACCUCAAGAUGGCGUCUGGUGUCCAGAAGCCUACCGGUGCUGCCCUUCCCGGCCUCCUCAAACCCCAGGCUGACGCCAUUGGCGCGAUCAUGGAGGCCAAGGACAAGCUUGGUCGCACCAAGGAGGGCCGUGACUGGGCCGAGGCUUUCAGCGUGCUCGCCGAGGGUGCCGGCGCAUGGGGAUGGGUGCAGGUUGAGCCUGCCCCGGCACCCUACGUCGGUGAGAUGAAGAAUGCGUCGCAGUUCUGGGUCGACCGUGUCAUCAAGCGUCACAAGGACGCCAAGCCCGACGCUGUUGCUUGGGCUCGCUCAUUCACGGGUCUCGUUGACGCGCUGCAAAAGUAUGUCAAGCAGUGGCACACCACCGGUGUCGCCUGGAACCCUCAGGGGCCCGUCCCCCCUGCGACUGUCCCCUCGGCCACGGCUCCCCCCCCGCCCCCUCCUCCCCCCGCUGCUGCUGCUCCCUCGUCGGGUGGUGGUGGCGGCGGCACUGCGGCUCUUCUCGCCGACCUCAACAAGGGCGGUGCCAUCACCUCGGGCCUGCGCAAGGUCGACUCGUCGAUGCAGACGCACAAGAACCCCGAGCUCCGCGCCGGUGGCACUGUCCCUGACACUGCUCAAAAGACAUCGCCGCAGCGCGCGUCCCCACCCCCCAUCAAGGCCAAGCCCUCGGCGUUUACCAAGCAGCCGGCCAAGAAGCCCCCAAAGCUCGAGCUCGAGGAUGGCAACAAGUGGAUUGUCGAGUACCAAGAGGACAACCGCCAGAUUGAGAUCACCGACACUGCGCUGCACCACACUGUUCACAUCUUUGGAUGCAAAGACUCGGUUAUCCGCGUCCACGGCAAGAUCAACGCGGUUACGAUGCUCAACUGCAAGAAGACGUCGCUCAUCGUUGACGCUGCCGUUUCGAGUCUCUCGAUCACCUCGUCCCCGAGCUUUGAGGUCCAAAUCACUGGUUUGGUACCCACAAUCCAGAUUGACACGACCGACUCGGGUCAGGUUUACUUGUCCAAGGAAUGCCUGGACACGGUCGAGAUUAUCACUUCGAAGACUUCGGCGCUUAACAUUUCCAUCCCCACCAGCGACGAGGGCGACUACAAGGAGACCCCCGUACCCGAGCAGAUGAGGUCCAAGGUCGUCAACGGCAAGCUCGUUACGGAGAUUGUCGAGCACGCCGGUUAA